ACACCAAAUCAAAAUCAAAUCCAUUACUCAAUUAACCUUUUGACCAACCCUGACCCUAGGUGGCCUGGCGAAUCCGGGUUUAUCGGCCUCGACAAGGUCAAAGUUAUCUAUCGCAACAUAAACGCCGCUUCGGAUUUUAUAGGACUCCACACAGGGACUAAUAACCAUGUUCAUCAUGCACUAAUACAGGUUGCUCGACACCUGGCUCGCAGUCUCUAUUGUGUAGUCAGCUUGAGCAUCACUGAAGACUCAUGCAUGGUGUUUGUGUUGACGAAGAAGCCGAAGUGCGACUUGAUGUGGAAGAAUGGGUUCCCGUGGCAUAUUGAGGAAGACGCUCAGCCUGAAGUUGGACCGAAAUGA